CACCCAUAAAAUAAUACAAUAUAAUUUUAUUGCAGUUAUGUUAUAAGUUGUUUAAUAGAUCACCAAACAAAAUAUUUAAGCUAUAUUUUUCUUUUGAUUUUUAUAGGUGGUAUAACCGUUUCCAUGAUUAUGUAUAAAGAAAUUUUGUUAAUAGUAGUUAUAUUCGCUAAUUUGCACCAUGGAGAAAGUUUCGUACCUUUUCUAGGACUUAUAAGAGAUGGAAUAAGUACGGUUUAUAACGGAGUUGAUUGUGGACUUUACAAACUGGAAUCAUGGAUUCGUAAUGAACCGACUCCGUGCAAUUUUGAGUUCUUUGGGAGUUCUAAACAAAAUAAAAACAACAGGGUGCACCAUGAAGACGUCCCACCCAAACAGAAAUAUGCGAGAGAAAAAGGAUAUUAUGAAGAAUCAGAUUCCGAAGAAGAAACUGAUCGAAAAGGCAAAUUUUACCACCUAGAGGAUGAACAGAAAGUACAGCCACAAGAAAAAUAUCAUGGAAAGGCACUGCGUGUCGGAGAGAAAAAGUACAUAGUACUUAAGGAAAAAAAAAUGGACGAUAGUAAUUCUCCAGCGGAUUAUGACGACGAAAGUGAAGAGCAAGAAUUAGUAGAAACUCUGAAUAAAGUGAUCGAACAGGAAGAUAAUAAAAAGGAAGAAAAAUUUAAAAUCGAAAAGUAUAAAAUUGACUUUUUGACACCCAGUCCGAAAGAGAAAAUAAAGAAAAAGAGACGCAGUUAGAAGUCAUAGAAAAACUUUUUACUUUUAUAAUGAAUAAAUAAUAUUUAUCAAGAGUAAUAUUUUUAAUGUAAUGUUUUACCUUAUACUAAUAGAUAAAUAAAUAUUAAGUAAAAUAUUUCAAUUAGAAGAA